AGCCAGGCUGGACCUUAUUGUUCCGCGCUCGGCCGGGGAGGGCGCGGGGCGUUCGGCUUCCCAUGUUCCUCUCCCCGCCCCCGCCCCGUGGGCGCGAGAGGAGGCUGGGGGCUCCUUGUGCACCCGAGACGCCGCUGCCUGGCUCGCCGGGUGGGGUGUGGGUCCUCCGAGCGGUGCCGGGAAGGAGGUGCUCUCUGCCCGCGCUCCCAGGACUGCUCUACCCAGGGCGGGGGUCGGGAGUGGGCCGACCCCCGCAGCGCCCUGGGUUGGCGGGCCCAGAGGCUGAAGGCAGCGAGGAGCUAGGGUCCUUCACCCUCGUCGCAUGCCUCCCCAGGAGUCGGCGUCCCAGUUCCCCGCGAUGGCCGCGGGCCGCUGCCGUACGGAGACGCCGCGCGGACUCCGGAGCGCCCCUUCCUAGCGGGGCGCAGCUCUUUCUUGUCCCCCGCCGGGCCAGCGGGAUGGGGGGCGGAGGGUCGGUCCUGAAGGUCUGCGCGGACCACCGCGGGGGCAUCAACUGGCUGAGCCUGAGCCCCGACGGGCAGCGCCUGCUGACGGGCAGCGAGGACGGCACGGCCCGGCUCUGGAGCACCGCCGACGGCCAGUGCUGCGCGCUCCUGCAAGGACACGAAAGCUAUGUGACCUUCUGCCAGCUGGAGGAUGAGGCUGCCUUCACAUGCAGCGCCGACUGCACCAUCAGGAGGUGGGACGUGCUCACCGGGCAGUGUCUGCAGGUGUACCGAGGACACACAUCCAUUGUGAACAGGAUCCUGGUUGCCAACAACCAGCUCUUCAGCAGCUCCUACGACCGGACAGCUCGGGUCUGGAGCGUGGACAAGGGGCAGAUAUCCCGGGAGUUCCGGGGCCACCGAAACUGCGUGCUGCCUCUAGCCUACUCUGCCCCGUGGGACCUCCCCAGCGCUCCCUGUGUGGAGGAGGCUGUGGCUGGGGGGCUCCUGGUGACUGGCAGCACGGACGGCACGGCCAAGGUAUGGCAGGUGGCCAGCGGCUGCUGCCACCAGACACUGCGGGGCCACACGGGCGCAGUGCUGUGCCUGGUGCUGGACACGCCCGGCCACACGGCCUUCACGGGUAGCACCGACGCCACCAUCCGUGCCUGGGACAUCCUGAGUGGGGAGCAGCUGCGGGUGUUCCGGGAGCACCAGGGCUCCGUCAUCUGUCUGGAGCUGGUGAACCGACUCGUGUACUCUGGCAGCGCGGACAGGACCGUCAAGUGCUGGCUGGCAGACACCGGGGAGUGUGUGCGCACGUUCACGGCCCACAGACGCAACGUGAGCGCCCUCAAGUACCACGCGGGCACCUUGUUCACGGGCAGCGGGGACGCUUGCGCCCGGGCCUUCGACGCGCAGUCUGGAGAGCUGCGGAGGGUGUUCCGGGGCCACACAUUCAUCAUCAACUGCAUCCAGGUGCACGGCCAGGUGCUCUACACCGCCUCGCACGACGGCGCCCUGCGCCUCUGGGACGUGCGCGGGCUCCGAGGUGCCCCGCGGCCCCCUCCGCCCACGCGCAGCCUCUCACGCCUCUUCAGCAACAAGGUGGGCUGCGCCGCCACGCCCCUGCAGCCGGCCUGACCCCGCGGGGGCCCUGCCGACGCCAGCCCAGACGCCCAUAGGCUCCCAGAGCGCCCUGCCCUGCUCCCCGCGGCUGUGGCGCCCGAUGGCCGGGGAGGAGCGAGGAAGCCCGGGCGGGAGGAGAGCCCGGCGCAGGCGUCUGGUUUUUCUUUGGUGGCCAGGAGGCGCUGGGAGCGGGAGUGCUCCCCCUCGGGACCGCCCUCUUUUCCCUUUUAGGGUGACUCCUGCCCUCCCUCCCCCAUCCCUGACCUGGCGAAAGGCCUAGUCUCAGGGACCCUCCCACCUCAGGGGCUGCAGGCGGACUGCCCCAGCUCCCCCAGCCCCAGGAAACAGGGCCUUUCCUGCUGAGAGGAAGUGACUUUACAGAAGCCACUGAAUCUGGUUAUUUUGGCAAAUUGUCUGUCUCGAGGGCCUUGAGGGGAACUAAAAUACACAGCCUGAAAGUUCAAAGU